AUGCACACACACGAAGCGCUUUCUGUUUUCAGCCGCACUGGGACUGGCGUCUUGUCAUUCACUGGUCGCUCGGUUUACGCGGUCGAUGCCAACAACAAACCAUGCGCACACAAACGCACACAGGUAGUGCGAUGCGGACCAGACGAUGCCUUUCCGGCCGCCCUCAGACCUCGCUCGUCCGAUGAGGACAAGAGCAAAGAGGAGUCUGAAGCGGCACGCGAUUCGCCGCCAUCGAAGGCGACUAAGGAGCCUGUCGCCCCCGCCGCCACCGCUGGGGGGGGUGGAGGCCGCGGGGUAGAGGAGGAGGACCUCAAGUGGGCCGCCGCACCUCCGAUGGAAGUGGCGCUGUUGAAACAAACGGAGCGGGACGCGGCGGCGUCCGGCCUGUACUACCCUCUCAGCCUCGAGCCAAAGGCGACCAAAACCGACCCCCCCACAACUACAGCAGCGGUACCAUCGCGGCCCACCGCCACUUCGCCGGGAACGAAUGGGACGGCCAACUCCCCCCCUGCCGUCGCAACAGGGCUGACAGUCAACACCACCGGCGGCGGCGGCGAUGCUGCUGCGCCGGGAGGGGGCGCCGCGGCGGCGGCGGCGGCGGCUGGGGGUGCGUCUGCUAUCCCCACCGGGAGCGCGGCGGCGGCGGCGGCGAGGGCGCGCGCGAGCAGGGUGGCGGCGGCGGCGGAGGUGACGGAGGCCACGGCGAGGCGGCACGGGGGGCUGCGGCAAAAGCAGGUGAGCUUACCGCUGAAGCCGCCGCCGCAGCCGGACCCUUCAGAGAACUGGCCCUACCUCAGGCUUGCCCUCCGACCACUAGACUCCGCACAGCUCAAGGACACCCUAUCCACGCCGGAAGGCGGGGCGAGGCCCUUUCUAGCAAACCCCCUGUCUCCGCACGUCGUGAUGGUAACGUUCUUCAACGCGGUCGACACGCUGUGCUGCUUGAAACCUACCCGGGACGGAAUGCAGGUGGCUGCCGGGUUCACGGACCGAAUGGUCCGCGCCUGGCGCACGGCCCCGAACGCUCCCCACCCCCCGACAGCAGACGAAACGGCUGCGGUUCCAGCAAGAACGACGACAGGCAGCAGCAGCAGCAGCAGCGGCGGCGGCGGCGGCGGCAACACCGCAGUCGACAGCAACCCUUCGCCGGGGGAGAGAAACGGCGCCGCUGCCGGAGGCGGAAGCGGGCAGCAGCAGCAGGACUCCGGUUUGUCCGACACGGUCAGGCUUGUGGGGCACUCUCAGCCUGUCUACGGGGUUUCCUGGUCCCCCGACGGGCGUUUCUUGCUGUCUGCGGGGGGGGACGGGGGCGUGCGGCUGUGGGAUAUUGCGAGGGGCAGGGUGGGGAGCUCCGCGGGAUACGUUCGCUACGACGGGCACUGGUGA